UGGAGCCCUGGGCAAAAACAAACAAACAAGGGGGCCCCUAGAACCAGCACAAUCUACCCAUUUAUAAACUAUUCAUUGUUUAAUAUUUACAUUACAGGGACAAUGUAAAUUAAAAAUUAAAAUAGUUCCCAUGCAGAUGAUGAAACUUGUGUGCUGGAGCCUGCACUAUGGCUACUAAGGUUUUUACAUUGACAGCGUAAUGAAGAUUUCAGUUUCAUAAAACCACAGGCCUACCCCACAGACAUGAAAAAUACAUUUUAAUGCACUCACCAAACAUUAAAGUAAACAAGAGAAAUAAUGUGAUGCUAGUGGAAGUUACGUCAUUCAAGUGUCUCUCCUCCACAGUUAAGGCUAGACUAGCAGCAUUUAGCUAUGUAGUGUUAUAUUUAAUCAGUGUUAUGCGUUCAAUUUACCACUGUCUUGGUUUUUUUCUCCCUCUCCUACUGUCAUUGCAAACUUUGCGCAUUGUCACCGCUGUAGUCAUCAAGUUUGUCAGCCCUCGGGGGCCCCCUACUGACCCGGGGGCCCCCUACUGACCCGGGGGGCCCCAAGCAGUUGCCCGCUGGCUGAUGUGCGCCCUCACUUGAAGGCUUUUUUUUCUACCCAGGUGUAACUCAUAGCAGAUGAUUAGAGAACAGUUGAUUGGCCUGAUUGCUGCAGCUGACGCGGAAAAGGGUCUCCAAUUUAAAAGCCGCGGGACGCCCACGUCGGUCAGCUCUCAACGUUUUCCACGAGUCACGCGCAGCAGGAAGAUGAUGAUGCGUAAAGGUAAAGCGAAAAGCGCUGCUGCUGCUCACUUGGCUGCGGGUUUUAUUCUGGCGUGUUAUUUGGCGCAAACGGCGAACUGCUAUCGACUGAAGAAAACGGAAAGAAGAGUCUCCGUAGCCGACUCGUCCAAGACGAUAGGUGUCCGAGAGGGGACCAUAGUGUUCGGGGCAGUUCUCGAGGAUGAGUCGGCCCUUGAGUCCCAGGUUGUUAACGUGACCAGUAAAGCUUCUGUGCAGGACCAAACAUUUCAAGCGGACUCUGCAGGUUGGUCAAGGGGACAAGCGCACGAUGCCAGCUCCGGAGAUGUGUCAUGGAAGCGCAUGGCACCUUCCCUGCAGUGUGGUGGUGACCAAAUGAGGUUCAGAGCAGUGGGACCUGGAGCUUCACAGUUUGCAGUGGAACAAGGAAAUGCACCUCCAAUGCCUCUGUCCCAGGUCCCUCCUACCUGUGGCUACAGCAUGCAGAGAAACUCCCUUGCACUUGUCAUGUUGGUUCCAUAUAAUGGCUGCAAUAUGGUCCAAGAGGGUGGGAGUUACAUGCUGCCAAUGCGUUGGCAAGGAAUCCCAGUCUCACUAUGGUGCCCCAAACCUGAAGCACCUGCUGCCCCGUCUGCUGUACCUCAGACACCCAAGGACCCUCCAUCAAACCCUGAGGUGCCCCAAAUGCCUGAGGUGCCCCAAAUGCCUGAGGUGCCCCAAAUGCCUGAGGUGCCCCAUGAGAGCAAGAACCCAGGGGUUUCAAAUUCCCAAAUCCCACCCUCCUAUGUCUUUUCACCGUAUCUGGCUUAUCAGUACCCUCCAGUAGUUGUUCCACAACCAACGGCGGCAACGACGACGACCACAGAGAAACCACAGAUGCUGAAAUUUCCACAAUAUCCUGCUUACUUCCCCCCUCCUUAUGCUUACUUUCCUCCCCCUCUCCCAGUCACAACAGCCACACCAACCACGAAGGCUACAUCCACUACUAAAUUGAUCACUGCAAAGCCGGCUGCUAAAGCUCCUCCCCAGGUAUUUAAGUAUCCUCCCUACCAACCUUUUUAUCCUCCCUUUCCUUGGCCUAUCCCUGGGCCUCUCCCUGGGCCUCUGCCAACAACCGCAGCAACUAAAACUACUCAAGCAACCACAACUACCCCCUCUCACAACACUGUGAUGCCCCAGAUGCCCCAGAUGCCCCAGAUGCCCAUGUUGCCCCAGAUGCCCCAGAUGCCCAUGAUGCCCCAGGGGCCCAUGUGGCCCCAGUUGCCCCAGUUGCCCCAGAUGCCCAUGUUGCCCCAGAUGCCCCAGUUGCCCCAGAUGCCCAUGUUGCCCCAGUUGCCCCAGAUGCCCAUGUUGCCACAGAUGCCCCAGUUCCCCCAGGGGCCCAUGUGGCCACAGUUCCCCCAGUUUCCACCAAUAGGGCCUUUCCUUCCUCAUUAUCAUUCCUAUCCUCACCCUCCAUUUCAAAGCACCAUCACCCACAUGUCCAUCACCCACAUGUCCAUCACCCACAUGUCCAUCACCCACAUGUCCAUCAACCACAUGUCCAUCAACCACCUCAUUUGA